UACGCACCUGGCAAAAGCCUUUGGUUUCAAGAUGCAGUAAAGGCAGAGGGUGACCACGCUACAUACAAAUGCUGGAUCCCAACCUCCUACAGGCAAUUCUGCGUGAGGACAUUUGACUCUCCAUGGAGAGAGGGGGAGAGAAGCAAGUGCCUGGUGACAGAAAAUGGAAGGAGAACGUGUUAAACGCCUACGGGCCAAGUUCCAAGAGAACAGGCAAAAAUUCCCUGAAACAAGCAACAGGCCAGGGAUUCAGCUUGCAGACUCACUUGCAAAGGAGGAGACACACGCACUUAAACCUGGAUCUGAGAGGGACCAAUCUACUAAAUUACCCAAAGCCAAGAGGAUGGGUUUGAAAAAUGCUCCUUUCUCUCAGGAUGACGUUCCAGGCUUGGGGCCCCUUUGUGAAGACCCCGCCUGGAUGGCUAACUCCAAGGAUAGAAAUGUUAUGGAAUCCAGCCUCCACCCAGCCGGUCUGCAAACAGGAAUACAAGAGGCACCCCCUGAACAAAAGGGCACAAGGAGGAAUUCAAACCUUCCUCAGAGAAGCCAGACUCAUCAGACCUGGCCACUGAUCAAGCAUGCUAGGAAUCAAGGAGUAAAUGCUGGUGCCCCCCUGGUUCCUGCCAAAGGAACAGCCAUCCCAUCCCUACUGGACACUCCAAGAAGCGUAUCAGAGAAAUGGCAACCUAAGGUUCCCAAGAGAAAGCCGCUGCCACAUGCAACCGCACUGGGACUCAAGCCAAUGAAACCCCAGCGCCCUCCGGAGGUGGAUCUAGAGAGGUUCUGGAAGGCUGCUGCUAUCAGAGCACAUGCUUAUCCUGCGCCAGAGCCAGUGAGAGGCAUGAGGCAUGUGCGACUUUCAUCUCAAGCUGCUCCGUCUCCUCGUGUCCCGAGUUCGGCGGGGGAAGUACUGAGAUGUGACCAAGAGCAGAUCUAUGAUGAUGUGGAAGCGGUUGGGCCAAUUGGCAAAGGGAAAAGACGUCCAUUAUCACCUGCUUCCCGGCUUCCAGCAAGUCCUCGCUCUGGAACAGGUGCCAAGCUGACCCCUGACAGAUUUCCCCCACCGCCCGCUGAGCCCAGAAAAUCCCAGAUUUCAAAGCUAAGCGGGAAACAUGGGAAGAAUCUCAAACAGUGCAAGAAAGAAGAGCAGGCGGACAAGGAAUUUCGGAAGAAAUUCAAGAGCUUCUUCAUCCCCACAGGCGCUCUGCCCCCAGCCUCCUCCCAUGCCACAUUCUUCAACGUGCCCUCGCACCAUGCGACGCUGCUUCCCUCCCAUAUCCACGGUCUGCUUCCUGAGACGUGGCCUACAGUCAACGUGCAAAAGUGGACUGGGAUAGUGGGCCGUGGCGUGGGGGAGGAGUUGCUGGGGAAUGAGGCUGUGUCAGGGUGUGAGGGGGAGCAGGGCUGUGUGCAGGGGUAUGGGGCUGUGGAGAGAGCAUAG